AACUAUCGUGAUACUAGCAGUGGACUAGUAGAGAACCAGAAAGGCUCUAUUAGUUCGCCCGUUUUAGAUCACUUCUUGGUUUUCAUUCCAGCUCGUUCUAGCAAACUAGGACGGGUUUUCUGGGAUAGUUUUCUGGCAGAAAAGAAUAUCUUUUCUAGUGAUAAGAAAGCAGAUAAACAGAAAAAUCUAACCCAAGCUCUAUUCGACUAUGUGGUAGAAGAAGCUGAAGCACUAGUUGCUUCAACAUCUGGGAUUUCUGAAACUUCUAAGACGUCUAACCUACCUGAGCCAAAAAUUGUUGAGCGGUCUCAAAAAGACCAGCUCAAAACUAGCAAGCUUUCCAAACCUAUUGAGCUUAUAAGUGAUAAUUAUGCUAUAGACGAUACAGAAUCAGAAGAGUCUGACUUCGAACCAGAGACAAGCGACAGUUCAAAACCUCAAAUACAGGCUUCUUCGUCAUCUCAAACAAUAGAAAUGGAUUCAAUGUUAGCUGAAAUUGAUGCAAU